AUGGACGGCACAGAGGAUGAGCUUGCCGAAGGUUUCUCCCGGAGCAAGGGCACUAAUGCGACGUACUGUGGGGACUCGAUGCUUAUUGGCAACUAUGCCAAUACACUCUUGAAUCACAGCUUCAAUGUCCCGACCUACAUUCGACACGGUUCGAACAGUAACCUGUUCCACAGCCUUGCAGAUGGCCAGGUUACCUUGGGAGUGGCGGCAUACGACCAAAGCACAGCUCGCAUCAUGAAUACCACUCGUAGCAACCACCCCUUCAAGAACAUCCUGGUGCUUCAGUACUUCCCUGGGAAAGACGCCACAGAGACGGUUGCGUCCCCCAGCGGCGAGGUCAUGGUGACCACGCAGCAGGCAGCGCAGGAGCCCCACAUGCAUCUAUGUGAGGUCGCCAAGUUGGCGACGACGCCGUGGUUCGCUCUUACCGACAACUACCAUGUCAUCAAUGCGCCUGUCACCGUGCUCAUGGACCACUCCGACCCGCACAUGCCUGUCCCCGUGAUGCCUUAUGCCCAGGGCUGUGAGCGUGCCGAUUGCCAGGCCUCUCUAGAUCAAGCUUCGGACCUUUUCGGAGUUCGCUUGGAGUACCACCAUGAUCCGUAUGAGCUUCUCUUUAGCACCAGAGAUGCUAGAGACUUCUGCUCCUCAUGGCUGCAAGCGGCGGCUAGCAAGAGCUGGAAGUCCUGCGAGCUCACUUAUGGGCCAACGGCAGAUGACUACAUCGCCUGGAAGAUUAGCACAAACAAGACCAACCUGAUUGCCACCCCCAAGAAUAAGGCCAAGUAUGGUUGGAGGGCAUGGACGCAACGGUGGACGCCUGCCCCCAUGGACAUGCGACAGUGCCGCGUGCAAGUCUAUGGACUCAUCGAGUACGACCAUGCCCUCGGGAACAUAACAUCGUGCAGCCAGUAUGUAGAGAACAAGUUCACAUGCAAAGCAGAUCCAGAUUGCAGGUGGAUUCCAAAGUUCCAGUCUGGUGUUUGUGUCAAAAAUUGGGCCCAUCAUUACGCUCGCGUUCACAAGCCUCGGCGCUGGCGCAAAUUCAAACAUUCGCGCAGUGCGUUCAGACGAAACAAGCGCUGGUACCGCGGCAGCCUGGCACAAGAGCCGCAACAUGACGCAGAGAAUGUGCACGAAGACCCCGUUCACUUCAUGCAGCUCAUGAGAAGCAGGCAGGAAAUUUGA